UUAUUCACCCCAGAUGACCCCAAGUACAAUUGCACGUUCUCUCUCUUAUCUGUGCUUUGGAGUUUUAGAGCUGUGUUUUUCAUGCUUCAUAACUGGAUUAAAUAUCUAGUAAUCCUUAUUCACUUCAUAAUGUUUGUGACUCACUUGGGCCAUUUCCUAUUCUUAUAGAUAAGUCUCUUAUAUUUGCCUUUUGCAGAAAAUAUAAAAAAAUAUCUCCUUUUUGGCUUGGAAAAAAACAUUUUUUCUGCUCUUUACCCUUUUCUUGGGUGAUUCCCUCUUCCACUUCUCACUAAAUUUCAAAACUUUUCUCUUUUCCAUUCUGUUUCUUGGAGGUGGAAAUUUCAGGCCAAGUAGAAAUACUCUAUACAGUUUUUUUUUUUGAGCUGUAAACAAGAAUCUUUCAUUGCUGUCCAAGUUCAGAUUUUGAAGACAAGAAUCAACUGUUUUUGGUAGCUUACAGCUCAGUUUGGAAUAUAGAACAAAACUCUACUAGUUAAUUAAUUUAGUGAACAGAAAGCAAAGAAGUCUAAAAUGGGGUUAUUUCCAUGGUCAAAAUCAUUUGGGGUGGUGUUAUUUCUUGUAUUGGUUUCUCCAGUGAGUGGAAUAGGAGCUAAUUGGGGAACUCAGUCAACACACCGUUUGCCUCCUGAAAUAGUAGUGAGAAUGCUAAGAGAAAAUGGGAUCCGGAAAGUUAAGCUAUUUGAUGCAGAUUAUGAGACACUUAAAGCUUUAGGGAAAGCUGGCACUGAACUUGAAGUUAUGGUUGGUAUUCCUAAUGACUUGCUUUCCACUAUGGGUAGUUUGAAAGCUGCUGAGAAAUGGGUUUCUAAAAAUGUUUCUGUCCACAUCUCUAAUAACAAUGUCAACAUCAGGUGAAAAAUUUCUUCUUUUUUAGUUUUA